UAAAAUAAAAAACUACUGGUAUUUUUGAAAAGAGAACCAACCCCACCUUUUUCCCUCCUCUCUAUCUCUCUCCAAGUCCAAAGUUCCAAUUUUUUUCUCAGUUACUUUUGCCGACCAAAGAAAAAAAAAAUAUGAAAAGAAUCAAACUUUGAAGAGUUAACUCACUCCAAUCUCGCUCUUUCACUGUCUCUGUUCCUCAACUGUUUCCAAAUGCAAGACCUCUUCGGAUCAGUUCGCCGUUCACUGGUGUUCCGUACAACCCCAGACAAUAACAACAGCGGCCAAGAAAACAGCCCCCCAUUGCCAACUACAGCCAAUUCCUUGGUUGAAAAGAUAAAUUCUUGCAUCCGAAAAUCACGGGUCUUCUCCAAACCUUCCUCUCCGUCGCCUUCUCCUCCUCCUCCGAUCCGAUGGCGCAAAGGGGAGUUGAUUGGUUCUGGUGCCUUUGGCAGGGUUUAUAUGGGCAUGAAUCUUGAUUCUGGAGAGCUUCUUGCUGUCAAAGAGGUUCUAAUUGCAGCAAACAGUGCUUCUAAGGAAAAAGCACAGGCUCAUGUCAGGGAACUUGAGGAAGAAGUGAAGCUUCUGAAAAAUCUUUCACAUCCAAACAUUGUUCGAUAUUUGGGGACAGUGAGGGAGGAGGAAACUUUAAAUAUUUUGCUUGAAUUUGUGCCUGGAGGAUCAAUAUCAUCACUUUUGGGAAAAUUUGGACCCUUCCCUGAAGCUGUUAUAAGAACAUAUACGAAGCAGUUAUUAUUGGGCCUCGAGUAUUUACACAACAAUGGAAUUAUGCACAGGGACAUUAAGGGGGCAAACAUCCUGGUAGAUAAUAAAGGAAGCAUUAAACUUGCAGAUUUUGGUGCAUCCAAACAGGUCGUUGAGCUGGCUACUGUUUCUGGUGCCAAGUCUAUGAAGGGUACUCCAUAUUGGAUGGCUCCUGAAGUCAUUUUGCAGACAGGGCAUAGUUUUUCUGCUGAUAUAUGGAGUGUUGGCUGUACGGUAAUUGAGAUGGCCACUGGAAAGCCUCCUUGGAGCCAACAGUACCAGGAGGUUGCUGCUCUCUUUUAUGUAGGGACAACAAAAUCUCAUCCACCUAUUCCAGAGCAUCUUUCUACUGAGUUAAAAGAUUUUCUCCUGAAAUGUUUGCAAAAGGAACCAGAGUUGAGGCCUGCACCAUCUGAACUACUGAAGCAUCCCUUUGUCACUGGAGAAUCCCACGACUCUAAUCCUGUUUUGCUUGCUUCAGUCAUGGAGAAUUCUGAAAUCCCUUCAUCAUCACUUGCCACUAACCAUGAUAGCUUUCAAGUUUCAAUGUGCCCUGACUCAGCAGAUAUCUGUAACUUGGGUAGUCUGAACUGCUCAAACACAUUUGUCGAUAAGUUUUCAGAAAGCAAAGGCAUGUGGAGAAUGAACUGCGGUAAAGAUGAUAUGUGUCAGAUUGACAAAGAUGAUUCUAUGGUAAGUGAAGUAAGGCUUCCUUCUGCUUCAAUGCUUGAUAAUGUUAACAAGAGUUCUGAUCCCUAUUAUGAACCUUCUCAUAACUGGAAGAGCAAAUUUGGUGAAGAUCCUGAAAUGGUGCCUGUUGGUCGCCCUACAACAUGUGGUGAAGGGGGCAAUGAUUCUUCAUUUACUUGUGGGCCAUCACUCUCUGAAGAUGAUGAUGAACUCACUGAAUCAAAAAUUAGAGCCUUUUUGGAUGAGAAGGCUUUGGAACUAAAGAAGCUGCAAACACCAUUAUAUGAAGAGUUUUACAACAGUUUGAAUUUAACAUGCUCCCCUAGUUUUAUUGAAAAUAAACGUGAUGAGACACCCCCAAAUUACUUGAAAUUACCUCCUAAAAGUGGAUCCCCAAGUCGUGGUCCUAUUAGCACCCCAUCUUCGGCAGCUGAUGCUGUUAGUACGGGAAGUCCAGGGAGUAACAAUAGCAGGCGAGUGUCAAAUAUUGGUAAUGCUAGUGACCAAACUCCACAGGACAAUUCAUCACCUCAGCAUAGUGAUUGGAAAGGGCUUCUAGUUGAUGGCCAGCCAGAACCAAGCAGCCCAAGUGUAAUCUUCUCUGAGAGACAGAGGAAGUGGAAAGAAGAGCUUGACCAAGAGCUUGAGAGAAAGCGAGAGAUGCUACGCCAAGCAGGUGUGGGAGGGAAGACUUCGUCACCUAAGGAUCGGGCCUUAAAUAGGCAGAGAGACCGGACAAGGUUUGCAUCUCCGGGCAAAUGAGUGCAUGUUACAGUUAAC